UCCCCUCUCCUCAGUCUGGUGCACCAGCUGCGAGGUGGCAGCGUGGAGCGGACACAAAGGGACAGAAAUUAGAUCUCUCCAAACUAAACUUUUAUUCUGCACUCGCUUCUUUUUUAAAACUUGCUUUGUUAACAAAUCAUUUUCUACUUUACCUUGAAAUCUUUUUUUUUCCACAAAAUGACUCGUAGCCCACUGACAGGGUUACUGGUUGCGCUGUGCGUAAGCAGCGCAGUCCACGGCUUGCCAAAGAAGAGCAAAAGACAAACUGGCCAGUAUCAGGUGUAUCCCGAGCUCCAGGACCCAGCCGCUGUUACUCCAGUCGGCUGUGAGGAAAACGGUCGAUCAUUCAGACCAAACGAGCAGUGGGAGAAACCCUACCUUGGUAGGACACUGGUGUGCACCUGCAAUGGAGCAGCAGGCAUCAAAUGUAACACUAAGCCUGAAGAUGAGGAGUCCUGUUAUGAUAAGUACAAAGACCGGACAUACCGGGUCGGUGAAACCUACGAGAGACCUAAGGACGGGAUGAUAUGGGACUGCACAUGCAUUGGUUCUGGUCGGGGAAAGAUCAGCUGUACUAUUGCAAAUCGUUGCCAUGAGGGUGGAAGAUCUUAUAAAAUUGGGGACACUUGGCAGAGGCCUCAUGACACUGCUGACUACAUGCUGGAGUGUGUGUGCCUCGGAAAUGGCAAAGGAGAGUGGACCUGCAAACCUGUGGCUGAGCGUUGCUACGACAACAGUGCUGCAUCAUCUUACGUCGUGGGGGAGACCUGGGAGAAACCGUACCAAGGCUGGAUGAUGCUCGACUGUACCUGUCUGGGAGAGGGAAAUGGACGCAUCACAUGCACCUCAAGGAACCGCUGCAACGACCAGGACACCAGGAGGUCCUACCGUAUCGGAGACACAUGGACAAAGACGGACACAAGUGGACAAGCCCUGCAGUGUCAGUGCUUAGGAAAUGGCCGUGGAGAGUGGAAGUGUGAAAGACACAACGCAGGCAGAGCCACAGGUGCUGUCGUGGUGACCCCCGCCCGCACUUCCCCCACGGAGGGGACGUGCAGCACAGAUUCUGGAGCCUCCUAUUACGACGGACAGGAGUGGUUCAGAAGCCAGGGCAACAAGCAGAUGCUAUGUACCUGUCUGGGAAAUGGAGUCAGCUGUCAGGAGUGGGAGGCCAGGAACCAGGCAUAUGGUGGCAACUCUAACGGUCAACCGUGUGCACUCCCGUUCGUCUUCAUGGGAAAGACCUACUACUCCUGCACCUCAGACGGACGCACAGAUGGGCAGCUCUGGUGCUCUACAACCUCAGACUAUGAGAAAGAUCAGCAGUACUCUUUCUGUACUGAGAAGAAUGCUAUUGUGGCAACACGAGGUGGAAACUCCAAUGGCGCCCUGUGCCACUUCCCCUUCCUCUACAGUGGCCGUAACUACACUGACUGCACCUCUGAUGGGCGUCGUGAUGGCAUGAGGUGGUGCGGUACCACCCACGACUACGACACAGAGCAGCGCUAUGGAUUCUGUCCCAUGGCUGCCCAUGAGGAGCUGUGUACCACCAGCGAUGGAGCGAUGCACCGUGUAGGAGACAAGUGGGACAAACGCCAUGAUGUCCUGGGUCACAUGAUGGAGUGCACAUGUCUGGGCAACGGCCGUGGGGAGUGGAGCUGCGUUGCUCACUCACAGCUGCGAGAUCAGUGCAUUGUUGAUGGCUUGUCCUAUGAAGUAAACCAAGAAUUCCCCAAGCGCCACGAUGAGGGUUACAUGAUGAACUGCACCUGCUUUGGACAGGGACGUGGACGCUGGAAGUGUGACGCUAUUGAUCAGUGUCAGGAGCCACAGACCAGGGCGUUCCACCAGAUUGGAGAGACAUGGGACAAAGUCAUCCAUAACAUUCACUACCGCUGUUAUUGCUAUGGCAACGGAAUUGGAGAGAUGAGAUGUGAACCUCAGCAGACCUACCAAGACGGCCACAGACCUGUCCAGGUGAUCAUCACAGAGGCAGGGAAACAGCCAGACUCCCACCCCAUUCAGUGGAACCCCCCUUCAUCUGUUCACAUCACCCAGUAUAUCCUCAAAUGGAGAGUUAAAAAUACCCGUGCGCCCUGGAAAGAGGUCACUGUCCCUGGCCACCUCAACUCCUACACCAUCAGUGGGCUGCGUCCAGGCAUCACCUACGAGGGUCAGCUGAUCAGUAUCCUGCGCUAUGGACGCCGCGAGGUCACACGCUUUGAUUUCACCACUACCCAUGGUUCUUUGGAGACAUCGGAGGGAGAGACGACCGUGCCUGCUCCAGUGAUGGACACUUCUGAGUCGGUGACAGAAAUCACCUCAAACAGCUUUGUUGUAUCCUGGACAUCAGCCUCCUCUACCAUCUCCGGCUUCAGAGUGGAGUAUGAGCUCAGUGAGGAGGGAGCCCAGCCAAAUGUCCUGGAUGUUCCACGCACAUCCACCUCUGUCACUAUCGGUGACCUCCUGCCAGGACGCAGAUACAAUGUCAACGUCUAUGAGCUUCCAACUCAGGGAGAGCCAAACCUUAUUCUGACUACCUCCCAGACUACAGCUCCUGACACCCCUGCUCAGCAUGCAGUAGAUAAGGUGGGAGAGACCUCCAUUCGAAUCAGCUGGUCCAGACCUCAGGCUCCUAUUACUGGCUACCGUGUGGUUUACACACCAUCAGUGGAAGGCAGCAGCACUGAGCUGACCCUGCCUGAAUCUGAGACCUCAGUGAACCUGGUUGACCUUCGCCCCGGUCUUCUUUACAACAUCAGCAUCUAUGCUGUGGAAGAGAACCAGGAGAGUGAGCCUGUUUUUGUACAGGUCAACACUGCCGGAUCUCCACAACCAGAGGAGGUCCCGGCACCCACAGACCUGCAGUUCUAUGAGGUUUCAGAUGUAAAGAUCACCAUCACCUGGACCGGUCCACCCAGUGAGGUUACUGGUUACAAAGUGACCUUCUCCCCUGUUGGUCCUGAUGGCACUGAGACAAGGCCCCUGCCGCUGCCCAUCUCACCCAACGCAUAUGCUGAUAUCACCCACUUGCAGCCGGGAACACUGUACCGCUUCUAUAUCUAUGCCAUCAAUGAUGGAGUGGAGAGCAAGCCCCUUGUGGGAGAAAAGUCUACCAAACCUGAUUCGCCCUCCAAUGUCCGUUUCACUGACAUCGGCUCCGACAGUGCAUUGGUCAUCUGGGAGGCUCCCCGUGCCAUCGUCAGUGGCUACCGUCUCUACCUGAGCAUCGAGGGCUCCAACCCCAUUGAGAAGAGGAUCCCGGGCAGUGUCAGCCAGUUCCCCUUGAGGAAUUUGCGUCCAGACACCCAGUACACUGCCACCUUCCACUCUGAGCUGGACAAUGAGCUCAGCAAGGCUGUCACUACACAUUUUACCACCACUCCCCAGAUGGGAAAUGCUCCUCCUUUUAGCACUGAGGUCACUGAUACCUCUAUCAUUGUCACCUGGAUACCUCUCCGCAGGUUCAGCUACAAGCUGUCUGUGCUCCCCAGCGAGGAAGGCGAGUCUCCCAAAGAACAGACCUCUGACACUGGUCGUAUUUAUAUUCCCGGUCUGAUUCCUGGAACUCAGUACACCUACAGCGUUCAGCCCAUCUUCAAUGGACGCAAUCGUGGAAACCCCAUCACCCGCAACGUUGUCACUUCCCUGUCUCCUCCCACUGACCUUAGAGUGGAGUCCAGUCCGGACACAGGAGAUCUCACUGUCCACUGGGUAGCCUCCAAAACACCAGGUAUCACAGGCUACAGAGUGACAAGCACGCCGACCAACGGCCAGAGAGGAAACUCCCUGGAAGAGUUUGUCCGAGCUGAUCAAACCUCAUGCAUGCUAGAGAGCCUGAAUCCUGGGGCAGAGUACAACGUCAGUGUCUUUACUACCAAGGGUAAUUUGGAAAGUGUGCCCGUGUCUACUAUUGUUACACCAGACAUCCCCAAACCAAGUCACAUUGACUUUGUCGACAUUAGUGACACCGCCAUUGGCCUGCGCUGGAUCCCUCUGAACUAUACUACCAUUACUGCUUACCGGAUAACGGUAGUAGCGUCAGGCGAGAGCUUGCCAAUUUUUCAAGAUAUGGUGGAAGCAUCUGCUGGUUAUUACACGAUUCAUGGUUUGGAGCCGGGCGUGGACUAUGACAUCAGUAUCUUCACUCUUACAGAAGAGGGCGAAAGCGAACCGACCACAUACACAAAGCAAACACAAGCUGCCCUACCAGCUCCCACCAACCUGCAGUUUGGAGGGGUGGGUCCUGACCACAUUAGAGUGACAUGGGCAGUCCCCCAUGUUGUCAAAGCGAGCGACAUCUCUCGGUUUGUCAUCCAGUACCACCCUGUAGCCACCGAUGAUGACAUCAAAGAGGUUAAUGUUGGUGGAGCCACGAACACCUUCCUUCUGCAGAACCUGCUUCCCAACACUGAGUACCGCAUCAGUGUUUUCUGUGUGUACGGUGAACGAACCAGUCAACCAGCCACAGGAACUCAGAGGACAACUUUGGAUUCCCCCACUGGCUUGGACUUCUCUGAAAUUGGAACCAACUCCUUCACCGUUCACUGGCUGGCUCCAACUUCUGCCAUCACCGGCUACCGCAUCCGCUAUCAGCAGACGAGCGGCGGUCGGGCCAAGGAUGAGAGGCUGCCCCCAACCAGGAACUACUUCACUUUGACUGGACUGACACCAGAGACAGAGUAUCAGAUAUAUGUGUAUGCUGUCAGCAACAAUCAGGAGAGUCAGCCUCUGACUGGCACACAGGCCACCAUCUCUGAUGCUCCCACUGACCUGGAGGUAACAUCAUCCACCCCCACCAGUAUCACCAUUCGCUGGGAUGCCCCCUCCGUCACAGUGAAGAACUACAGGAUCACCUAUGGAGGAGCAAGUGGCGAGACUCCUCAAGAGUUCAUAAUCCCAGGCUCUCAGACCACUGCCACUAUCACUGGUUUGAAGCCUGGUACUGACUACACCAUCACAGUCUAUGCUGUUUCUGGAAGAGGGGACAGCCCUGCCUCCAACACCCCAGUCUACAUUACACACAGGACUGAUACUGAGCCCCCCACUGAUAUGAAAUUGACUGAUGUGAGUGACAAUGCUAUCACAGUACGCUGGUCUCCUGCUCAGGGAUCAGUUCGAGGCUAUAGAAUCACCAGUGUCCCCAAGAAUGGCCUGGGACCCUCCUACUCUGAGGUGGUGGCCCCUGAUCAGAGAGAGAUGACUUUCACAGGUCUAAUGCCCACUGUUGAGUAUGUUGUGAGUGUCUAUGCUCUGGGCAAUGAUGGACAACCCUCUUCCCCUGUGGUGGAGAAUGCUAUCACUGCUAUGGACCGUCCCAAGGACCUGACCUUCUCUGACAUCGACGCCACCUCCAUGCGCAUCACUUGGGACAGUCCAGACGGUACUGUGACAUCAUACCGUGUGCUGUACUCCAGCUCAGAGGAGGGGGAGAGAGAGCAUCGUCCAGCACCCAGAGGUAACCAGAACAGUGUGGUGCUGAGAAACCUUCGCCCUGGGACAGAGUACACUGUUAAAGUCAUCGCCCUCCAUGACCGCACACCCAGCCCGCCGUUGGUGGGAACCCAGGCCACAGUGAUCCCUGCUCCGACCAGCCUGGUGAUCUCAGAUGUCAGUCCCUCCUCCUUCGCCGUCUCAUGGCAAGCCCCCAGUGCACGCCUGACAGGUUACCGUGUGGUCGUCAACCCCAAGAACAUCAACGGCCCCACCAAAGAGAUGAAUGUUGCUCCCGACACCACACGUGUCGUCGUACCAGGGCUCAUGGUGGCAACCACAUACCAGAUACAUGUCUAUGCUCUGAAGGACUCAGUCACCAGCAGACCGCUGGAGGGAGAGACGACCACGCUGGAAGAUGUAAGUCCUCCUCGGCGUGUGCGUAUCUCUGAUGUAAAGGAUACAUCUUUCACGCUGAGCUGGCGCUCCAAAAUCGAAACCAUCACUGGUUAUCUCAUUGAAGCCACGCCCAGAAGCGGCUCGCAACCCACUAUCAGCAAGACCAUCCCAGGAGAUCUGAACACCUACACUUUUACAGGUCUGCAGCCAGGCACCACGUACACUGUUAGCCUGUAUACUCUGAAUGGCCGCACAAAGAGCGCCCCCUUUACUCUCAUUAUUGAAACAGCUCAACCAGUGGUCCAGGCUCCUACCAACCUCCAGUUCACAUCUUUAACUCCCACCUCCAUCUCCUUCACCUGGCAGCCACCUGCCACACACAUCACAGGAUAUUACAUCACCUACGAGGAGUCAGAAGGACGACCACGAGAGCUCAUCCCACGACCCCAUGCCGGCCAAACUUAUGCCACCAUAUCUGGCCUGAGACCAGCCACAGAGUACAUCAUCAAGAUCAUUGCCAUCCAGAACACACAGAGGAGCACACCUCUGGUCGGAAAAAUCAGGACUAACCCAGACUCCUUGCUUCCCCUGCCCCGUCCCCCCCGCCCAGGAGGUGACAGGCUGGAUGUGCCUGAAACUGACUUGGACAACACAGUCCAGGUAGUGGGCAACGGUGGCCAGGAUGGGAAUAGUGGUCAGAGCCAGCAUGUGGAGUACACAGAGUUCAACAACAAUGGAGACAACAGAUAUGAUGGGAGCAGUGGUAGCCCACUGUCUCCCUAUGGGCAAGUUCGUGAGCCCCUGGUGUUUUUACCCCUUCCUGAUGCAGAGGGCCGCAGACUGCCCAUCCUGAAGCUGAAUGUGCCCGCCGGCUCCACGUUUGGUAACGAGACGGGACUGCCACAGGAGGCCCAAACUAAAACCUCCAUCUCCUGGAAGCCUUACAGCCAGAGCAAUGCCUACCUGGUGUCCUGCCAGCCUCUCACACAAUUAAAUGAGAAGAUGUUCCAGGUCCGCCUGCCAGGCACCGCCACCACAGCUACUCUGAUAGGACUCACCCCCGGAGCGAACUAUAAUGUGAUCGUAGAGGCUCUGUUGGGGGCGCUCAAACACAAGAUUCUGGAGCAGGUCAUCACUGCUGGAAACACAAUCCCAGAGGGAGACCCCUCCACUAAGGACUCUUGUUAUGAUGCCUUUACUGCAACCUACCAUGAUGUUGGUGGUGAAUGGGAGCGGAUGUCUGAGACAGGCUUCAAGCUGUGGUGCAGGUGCCUGGGCCUGGGCAGUGGCCACUUCAGAUGUGAUUCAUCCAAGUGGUGCCAUGACAAUGGCAACAACUACCGCAUUGGAGAGAAGUGGGACCGCCGUGCAGAAAAUGGUCACUUGAUGAGCUGCACUUGCUUGGGAAAUGGCAAAGGAGAGUUCAAGUGUGAACCGCAUGAUUCAGUGUGCUAUGAUGAUGGCAAAGCUUAUCAGGUGGGAAACCAGUGGCAGAAGGAGUACCUUGGUGCUAUCUGCACCUGCACCUGCUUUGGAGGACAGCAGGGCUGGCGUUGUGAGAAUUGCCGCAGACCAGGUACUGAUGUUGAUGCCAGUCUGUUGCAGCCUGUUAGAUAUGGAGACAACACACUACUCAAGAAAAUUCAUUGCCCCAUUGAGUGCCUCCGACCCGAGCUGCUGGCAGACGCACACGCUCCUCCAAAUCCUCGGGAGUAAAGGAUCGAUCAUUUGACAUCUGCUUUGCUCCCUCACCGCUGCACUGUCUCACCCUGUAGAAGCCAUGCUGUCUGCGACUGAACUGAACUAAUCACUUUCUGACACGUUUAGCUAAAGAUGUUAAACUUACCUGCUGCCUGAUCAAAAUGAUCCUCUUCUAAAGCCAGUCUUUUCACUGUUGACUCAAGUCUCUAAAUUCAUGCUCGAUUGGAAGAUGCAGACUCCUGCCAUUAUCAUUUUCUUUUACGUGGGACAUUUCCCUCCACGUACUUGUGUGAACCUCAAUGGAAGUUAUUCAGGACUUGUCACCAGUCAAAUUAGCAAAUUGGCAUUUGUUUUUUCAUUUAACUAUUCAGAAAAAAAAAUCAUAUCAAUCAUAGAGCAGAAACUGUCAGAAAGUAAGUACUGUGUUAAAGAAUGUCAAUGUAGUUAUUAACAAAUGUUUGUCCAUGAAAAUGUGCUUUUCUUUUCUGUAGCCCUUCUUCUGUUACUGAGGGGUCGCACUGUGUGAUUUACACAUUAUGAACUCUUGUCUUUUUACUAAUUUAUCCCUUUAAUCUCAACGUGCGAAUGUGUGAACUGGGAUGUGAGAAUUUGAACUGUUCUAUUUUUGUACUUUGUUGUCCGUGCCAAAGUUGUUUCUACCUUUGACAAAAAGAGGUCCCUUAUUUUAAUAAAGCUGGAGAGAUCCUAAAACCGAA